AUGCAGCAAUCCCUCAUAAUCCUCGUGAAUAUCCCAGACACGGUCAUCGCAUGGAAGUUGCGCUUCAAACUUUUCUUCAUUUGGCAGUGCUACGAAGACAAAAUGAUGGACCCCAAACUACGCGGACGGGCGCUUAUGGCCAGUAUCCUCAUAACAUCCGACUUCGACUUUACUCUCUUUGGAUAUGACCCAGGUGUCUUUGGAGGUAUUCUUGCCGGGCAGCGACUACAAGAUACAUUAGGAAACCCAGGUUCGACAAUGACGGGUCUUCAGACCGCAAUCUACGACUUCAGAUGUGCCUUCGGCGCACUCGCUGCCUUUAUAUGGAGCGAGAAGCUGAGCUGGAGAAAGUCCAUAAUCGUCACCAAUAUCAUUUGUCAUCACCGGGGCAGCAAUCCAGAUCGCAUCCUACGACUUCUGGCAAUGUUCGUCUCCCGAAUCAUUGCCGACAUUGGUAUUGGACUCAGCACAGUCGUCGUUCCCAUCUUGCAGCCUGAAACUCCCCCAGCUCACAAUAGCGGCUCUUUGCUUGCUGUUCAAGGGGCUUUGUUUUUUUCGGAUCGGACGUGGAUUCGUGAUUAUGCUUUACCACACUGCAUGCAGAUAGCUCUUUGCAAUGGCGUUUCCCUGUUGCGUGCCAGAUCUUAUUCAGUAACCUCACACUCGGCUCUCGGAGCCGAGCUUAUAUUGGGAGAAACCUGGCUUAUAUGGAGGUUAGUAUUGCUCUCGUGGUAUUGGUUCUGCGUCUUUGAGUGGGAAAUGGCAGAUGGAGCUGUCGAGGACAAAUUUGGUCAGUUCGAGAGGAUCAUGUCGAAUCCGACCCAUAUAUAUGUGAAUGCCAAGUCUUUGAGUUUAUGUGAAUAG